ACGCGUCCAGAAUAAAAAUGGGAGGGCCUCACGCGGAUUGUUUUUAUUUAUUUCUUUGUGUCUAGUGGUAGGAAAACAAUUGACAGUCCCGCUUUCGCGUAGCGAUGCUCAUCAGUAUUAGGACAGUCACGUAGUUUCCCCUCGAGUGUUCAAAGUGACGGGAAUCUAAAGGGUGGAGGAGGAUGAAGCGGCGCAAUGCGGACUGCAGCAAACUCCGUCGCCCGUUGAAACGGAACCGAAUAACCGAGGGUAUUCACAGCAGCAGUACCCUCCUGUACCUGAAGUUCUUGGUCGUUUGGGCGCUGGUUCUGCUGGCCGAUUUUGCGCUGGAGUUCAGGUUCGAGUACCUGUGGCCUUUCUGGCUUUUUAUCAGGAGCGUUUACGAUUCCUUUAGAUAUCAGGGACUGGCGUUCUCUGUGUUCUUUGUGUGUGUCGCAUUCACAUCAGACAUCAUCUGCCUGCUGUUCAUCCCCAAGCAAUGGCUGUUCUUCGCCGCCAGCACGUAUGUCUGGGUACAGUACGUGUGGCAUACAGAGCGAGGUGUGUGUCUGCCGACUGUCUCUCUCUGGGUUCUCUUCGUCUACAUCGAAGCAGCCAUCCGAUUCAAGGAUUUGAAACAUUUUCACGUAGACCUUUGCCGUCCAUUCGCAGCUCACUGCAUUGGCUAUCCCGUGGUGACGCUGGGCUUCGGAUUCAAGAGUUAUGUGAGCUAUAAGAUACGUCUGCGGAAACAAAAGGAGGUGCAGAAGGAAAAUGAGUUCUACAUGCAGCUCCUACAGCAGGCCCUGCCUCCAGAACAACAGAUGCUUCAGAGACCGGAGCGAGAGACAGAGGAGGCCACUUCAAAAGGCUUGUUUGAAGCAGACGCGUUGAUAGCGGCUCAGAACGGCACUGCUGUUACCAAGAAACUUCCCGUCUCUCUGCCUGAACUGGAGUACAAGGAGAAGGCCAAAGACAAAAAACAGCAGCAGCACAGCAUAGGAAUAAACAACAACAUCCUUCAGACUGUGGAUGCUAAACUACAAGACAUUGAGUAUAUGGAGAACCACCUAAACACUAAGAGACUCAACAACGAGCUUGGCAGCAGUGCCGAGAACCUGUUUCAGAAAGAGGAGGCAGGCGGUGGAGGCGGAGGCUCUGCCACCUCCAAACAUUACAAAAACUCCUCCCCCCACAGCCACAACUCCACCAAUGGCAGCGUACCAUCCUCCUCAUCCAGUAGGAGUGAAAAGAAGCAGAAGUGUGCAGGGAAGAACCUUGCACCUCACAGAGAUCUGAUGGAGAACUGUAUACCUAACAACCAGCUCAGUAAGCCAGAAACAUUAGUGCGGCUUGAGCAGGACAUAAAGAAGUUGAAGGCUGACCUGCAGGCGAGCAGACAGGUGGAACAAGACCUGCGCAGUCAGAUCAGCUCCCUGAGCAGCGCUGAGAGGAGCAUGCGUUCUGAGCUCGGUCAGCUCCGCCAGGAGAACGAGUUGCUGCAGAACAAGCUUCAUAACGCUGUGCAGGCCAAGCAGAAAGACAAGCAAACGAUUGUGCAGCUAGAGAAGCGGCUCAAGGCAGAACAGGAAGUGCGAGCUGCAGUGGAAAAGCAACUUGCAGAAGAGAAGAAAAGAAAGAAGAUGGAAGAGGCCACAGCUGCACGUGCUGUGGCUUUGGCGGCUGCCUCCAGAGGAGAGUGCACAGACUCACUGAGGAGUCGCAUACGUGAGCUGGAGUCGGAGUGCAAGAAGCUCACACAUGACAUGAAGCUAAAGGAGGAACAAAUCAGAGAGCUCGAGCUCAAAGCGCAAGAGUUACGCAAAUAUAAGGAGAACGAAAAGGACAUGGAGGUUCUGAUAUCAGCGCUGUCGGCCAUGCAGGACAAGACCCAGCACCUAGAGAACAGUCUGAGUGCUGAGACCAGGAUCAAACUGGAUCUCUUUUCAGCGCUCGGAGAUGCCAAGAGACAGCUAGAGAUCGCUCAAGGUCAGAUUUUGCAGAAGGAGCAGGAGAUAAAAGAGUUGAAGCAGAAGAUCGCAGAGGUCAUGGCGGUCAUGCCCAGCAUCACCUACUCGGCAGAGACCAACAGCAUGACCCCUGUGACCCCACAUUACUCCUCCAAGUUCAUGGACACCAGUCCUUCCAGCUUGGACCCCAAUGCCUCCGUCUACCAGCCGCUCAAGAAGUGAAUGUCCACUCACAUAGUCCAAUUUGCUCUUUGAUUAGUCGAAAAAGUUCAGUAUGCAAACCAAUGGGAUGGGGUAGUAUUUUUGUUUGAUUUACCCCUCCUCUGUUGGUAUGGAGGUUGAUUAAAAUAAGUGGAAAAAUAUAGAGGGGAAAAAGGGAUGUCUCAUUUACUAGAACUGCCCUCCUUGUGUUUUUAGGUUACUUUUGAAGCUCUUACACCUAAAAUCUUUUCUUGGUAAUGGCACUUUAGCCUGUUGUGGUUCUUUUUGACGUCCUCCAUUUGUUUUGUGAGGUCUUUUAUGAAGAUCUUUCAUGAUUUUAUUUAGCACCUUUUCAUCCAUGUGUUGAAUCUGAACAGUUUUAUGUGCCAGAAAUGGUGGCAUGACUUCUUUUACUUCCCUGGUAUAAACGUACCAUCUUUAAGUUUAUUAAAUGUAAAAAGAAAAGGGAAAACGUGUUGAGAAGACAGAAGUAUUUGUGAUGGAAAACAUUGUGUUUGUUGCAAUGGAGUGAUUAAGAAUGCAUUUCAGUUCAAGUAUGAGCGUAGUAUUGUACAUCUCUGUUUUUCAAGGGAGGUAAAAAGCAUUUCAUUGCAGAUGUUGAAUCAGAAUUGGAAAAAUGUUAGGUUUCUGUAUCUCCUGUGGAAGGUUUUUUUUUUUUUUUUUUUUUUUUUUUUUAAUUAAAAAG